CAAAGCGCGCCAAGGUAGGGUGGCGCGCAUACUACGCAGUGGUGUUUGCAAAUGUUAAAAAAUUGGCGCUAACGUGCAAAACAUGGUCAAAGAAGAGGACGCGAUCCGAGAGUUCGUCGUAAAACAACUGCAUCAGUGUUCGGACAUCAGUACAUUGACUUUGAGAAUUCUACAAAAGAUAUAUCUGGAGCAAGUGGGGAGAGAGUCCCUCAGCACAAAGGAUAGACAGUCAAUGAAAAAAAUUGUUGAGGAGGAACUUUUGAAAAUGCAGGCCAGCAGUGACGACGAGCCUCUUGUUAAGUAUGUGGCUCCACCAAAAAGCCAGAGCAAAAGGAAAAGGGUGGAUAAUGGUGAUGAUGCGGAUGAAGGCUCGGAGAAUAUAUUGGUGGGAAGGACUAAGAGAUCACGGCUUGAUGAGACUUCUCCAGAUUCCCCCGACUCUGGAAUAGAGAAGGCAAUGAAUGAGGGAGGACAAAAAGAGGAAGAAGCUGGAAGUAAUCACACGGAUGAAGACAGUGAAGAGGAAGAGGAGAAAAAAAGCACUGUGAAAACAGUAACACAGCAGAAAAAGAGAGGGGUUAUGCAAAGCCCAAGGGGAAAGGACAAUGCAAAUAAACCGGAGAAGAAAGGAAAGAAGAUAGAGAGUGAAGAAGAGGAGGACGAAGAGUUCAAGAUGGAAGAUUCAGAUGAAGAGGAGGAAAAGUGGAAAAUGGCAUCAAAAGGAAAGAAAAAAAAAGAUUGUUCAGCCAGCAAGCAGGAAAUUGGUGCUAAACCGACAAAUAAUAGCAGCAGUGAUUCUGAGGGUGAAAGAGGGAAAAGCAAAAAUAUAAAAAAGAAGGAAAGAAAAGUGACCAGAAAAAAGAAGCCGGUAGAGACAGAUGCUGUGAAAGAAGUGGAGAGGCAAGUUUUUGGGAGUAGCUCUGAGAGUGAAGAAGAGAAAAACGAAAGCAUUCAAAUAAAGAAGAGGAGCAACUCUGAAAGUGAAUCGACGGUAGAGAGUGAAGACGAGAAAGAUAAAAGUGAGGAUGCUGCUAAUUUAUCCUCCAAAGAGAUAGAGAACAAUGGAAAAAAACUAAAAUUACAGGAGAACCAUGAGGAAGCAGAGGACUCUGACUCCUCCUCUCUUCCCUCACUGGAGGAUGAAGAAGGACAAGAGAAGGACAAGAAGGAAGGAAAAAAGAAGAGCAUGACAAAGAAAACGCAUCGUGAAGUGGGGGAGAGCGCAACCAGAGGAAAGGAUGAAGAGAAUAAGGCAGUGUCCAGGCUGAAGCGCUACAUCGCCCUCUGUGGUGUGAGACGGAACUACAAGAAGCUGUUUGACGGCUGCCGAUCAGUAAAGGCGAAGGUGGCUGUGCUGAAAAAAGAGCUGGAGGAGCUGGGUGUUGAAGGACAGCCAUCCAUAGAGAAGUGUAAGAAAGCUCGGUUGAUGAGAGAAGAAGCACAGGAGCUGGCUGAGCUGGAUAUCAGUAACAUUAUCACCACUCAGGGACGGCCCAAAAGGAGAACAGCAGCGGCAUGGCCUCCCCCUCAAAAUGUCUCCCCUCCUCCCUCUGCCUAUAAACGUGUUGUGGACUCCGACUCAGACAGUGGGGACAGCCACGCAAACAAGGGGUGCAAGAGAGCAGCAGCCUGGGGCAAUCUGCAGGGAAUCAUCAGUGAUGAUGGAGAGAGUGACUAGGUGGCCAGUGCCUUUUAACUAUAAUCUGUUUGUACAAAAAAAAAAAAAAGAAACAAAACCGUUUGAAAUUGUACAAAAAUGAUCACAUUUUCAAUCAAUCUGGUACAGAAUUAAUCUCUACCUUUGCAAGAGUUUUAUGUUCAUCCUCUGUUAUUGUAGGAUGCUUUUGGAUUUCAUUCCAACAAGUUUAUUCUCACUGGUGUUUUAUAAUUGUUUAUUGUCCAUUGAAAUGUCAUUUAAGUGUACCUGUUGUGCAGAAUGAGGUUUGGUUAUGCAGCUUAAAAUGUACUUGAUUUUUUUUUAAUAUAAAAUAAAGGGGUAUUU